AUGCCGCUCGCAGUAGAUUUAUUGCACCCUACGCCUGCAUCUGAAAAGAGGAAGCACAAGCUCAAGAGGCUAGUGCCACAUCCAAACUCUUAUUUUAUGGAUGUAAAAUGCCCAGGAUGUUACAAAAUCACAACGGUAUUCAGUCACGCGCAAAGAGUUGUAGUAUGUGCAGGAUGCUCCACAAUUCUUUGCCAACCCACUGGUGGUCGUGCCAGAUUAACUGAAGGAUGUUCAUUUAGAAGAAAACAACAU